AUGCCUUCUUCCGUUGAAGGUGUUAGUUUUAGCUCAUUGGUUACCAAUGAUGCUAAGAAAUUUGAACAAACAUGCCAAUUUUAUAAUCAAUUGGGAUUUAGAUUAACUAGGAAUUAUUCGAAAGUUUCAAGUAAUGGAUCAACGUCAUCUUUCAAUGAUCCAAAAUUGCAUUUAGGAGUUUCCAAUGACUCCUUAAAAGAAUUAUGGCUUGAAACUUUCCCAUUACAAACCUUAGAUUCUAAUGGGAAGAUUAAACCAUGGCAAGAAUUACCAUUUUAUUGUGGAGAUUCAACUAAGUGUUUGAAUAAUUCAACCAUUAUAAAACUUAGAUUAUCCAAUUUAAAAGAUAUUUCGGUUACCGGUCAACGUCUUUUAUUUUUCACUACAAAUUUAAGUAAAGUUAAAGAACUUUUAAGUGAAAAAUCAUCAGUGGAAACAAUUGAUGAUAAUAUAAUAAGUAAAGAUCCUUUAGGUAAUACGAUUAUUUUUUCAAAUAAAGAAAGUCCUCUUUUAAAUGAAAAAUUUAAUUCGGCAGAUGAAUAUUUAGAAUAUAAAUCAAAAGAAUUAUUGGAUUCCUUGGAUUCUAUGAAUAAUUCAAAAUCAACUAGUGAAUUAUCAAUCAAAGAAAAAACUAAAAAGAAGAAGAUUGCAGUUAUGACUUCUGGUGGGGAUGCCCCCGGUAUGAAUCCUGCCGUCCGUGCCGUGGUAAGAGCCGGGAUUUAUUAUGGAUGUGAUGUCUUUGCCGUUUAUGAAGGUUACACUGGUUUAGUGGAAGGUGGUGACUUAUUGAAAAAAAUGGGUUGGGAAGACGUUAGAUCUUAUUUAAGUGAAGGGGGUACUAAUAUUGGUACUGCUAGAUGUAAAGAAUUUAGACAACGCGAAGGAAGAUUAACUGCUGCUUAUAAUAUGGUUAUUAAUGGUAUUGAUGCCUUAAUUGUUUGUGGUGGUGAUGGUUCUUUAACCGGUGCUGAUUUAUUUAGAUCAGAAUGGCCUUCUUUAAUUGAAGAAUUAGUUUCUAGUGGUAAAUUAACUACUAAAGAAGUUGAACCUUAUAAAAAUUUAACCAUUGUUGGUUUAGUUGGUUCAAUUGAUAAUGAUAUGUCAUCUACUGAUGCUACCAUUGGGGCUUUUUCAUCUUUAGAAAGAAUUAGUGAAAUGGUUGAUUAUAUUGAUGCCACUGCUAAAUCUCAUUCAAGAGCGUUUGUUGUUGAAGUUAUGGGUAGACAUUGUGGUUGGUUAGGUUUAAUGUCUGGUUUAUCAACUGGUGCAGAUUUUAUUUUUAUACCUGAAAGACCACCAAAAGCAGGUAAAUGGCAAGAUGAUUUGAAAAAAGUUUGUUCUAGACAUAGAAAUAAAGGUAAAAGAAAGACCACCGUGAUUGUUGCUGAAGGAGCAAUUGAUGAUGAAUUAAACCCAAUUACUUCAGAAGAUGUCAAAAAAGUUUUGGUUGAUUUAGGUUUAGAUACUAGAAUCACUACUUUAGGACACGUUCAAAGAGGUGGUACUGCAGUUGCAUACGAUCGUAUGUUAGCAACAUUACAAGGGGUUGAAGCCGUUAGAGCUGUUUUAGAAACCACUCCUGAUACUCCAUCCCCAAUGAUUGGUAUUUUAGAAAAUAAAAUUGUCAGACAACCAUUAGUGGAGGCGGUUAAAUUAACUAAAUCGGUGGCUGAUGCAAUCGAAUCAAAAAAUUUCAAUAAAGCCAUGAAUUUAAGAGAUUCAUCAUUUGAAGAAGCAUAUAAUCAAUAUUUAGCCACAUCCAUUCACGAUGAUGAAUCCCAAUUAUUACCAGAAGGAGAACGUUUGAACAUUGGUAUUGUUCACGUUGGGGCAUCAUCUUCAGGAUUGAAUGCCGCCACUAGAGCCGCUGCUCUUUACUGUAUAUCCAAGGGUCAUAAGUUAUACGGUAUACAAAAUGGUUUUAGUGGAUUAAUUGAACUGGGUAAUUUGAAAGAAUUAAAUUGGUUAGAUGUUGAAGGAUGGCAUAAUAAAGGGGGGUCAGAAAUUGGUACUAAUAGAUCAUUACCAAGUGAAAAUUUUGGUAAUGUAGCCUAUUAUUUACAAAAAUAUCAAUUAAAUGGUUUAAUUAUAGUUGGGGGGUUUGAAAGUUUUACUGCAUUAUAUGAAUUAGAACUGAAUAAGAAGAAAUAUCCAAUUUUCAAUAUUCCUAAGAUUGUUAUACCAGCCACUGUUUCAAAUAAUGUACCUGGUACUGAAUAUUCAUUGGGUAGUGAUACCUGUCUUAAUCAAUUAGUUAAUUAUUGUGAUGCAGUUAAACAAUCAGCAUCAUCAAGUAGAAGAAGAGUUUUCGUUGUUGAAGUUCAAGGAGGACAUUCGGGAUUUGUUGCCUCGUAUGCAGGAUUGGUUACUGGAUCAAUUGCAACUUAUACUCCGGAAACCAAGAUCAAUUUAAGAAGAUUACAAGAGGAUAUUGAUUUGUUAUUUACUGUAUUUGAAAAUGAUCGUGGUGAAGAUAAAAAUGGUAAAAUGAUUAUAAGAAAUGAACAAGCAUCAACUGUUUAUAGUAGUGAAUUAAUUGCUGAUAUAAUUAAAGAAUCUGCUAAUGGAAGAUUUGAAACUAGAACUGCUAUCCCCGGCCAUGUUCAACAAGGAUUCACUCCAAGUUCAAUGGACAGAGUCAAUUCAAUUAGAUUUGCCGUUAAAUCGUGUCAAUUUAUUGAAAAAUGGAAUGAAAAAAUCGGACAAGCUGGCGAUAUAUCUCAAUCCAGUAAUAUUAAUUUCAUUAGAAAUCUUGAAGAUAGCGAUGAGGGCUCGGUUGUUAUCGGUAUCCAAGGAGCGCAAAUUAAUUUCACCAAAAUUAAUACCUUGUAUGAACAUGAAGCCGAUGUUAUAUUAAGAAAGGGGAAAACGAUCCAUUGGGACAAUAUGGCUAAAAUUAGUGAUUUACUUAGUGGAAGAUUAUUAUUAAAAGAAGAAAAAGAAAAAUGA